UAUUCUAUUUAACCCUAUACUGGAAGGCAUUGGGCUUAGUCGACGUAGACCAGUCAUAGUCGCAUUCAAACCCUUUCACGUUGGUUUUGCAGAUUCUGCUGUUUGGGGCUGUCGGCUUCUGAGACGAUAGCCAUGCGGUUACUAGGCAGAGCCGUACAAGCUGCAGCAAACUACCGGCUACCUGUCUGCUUUAGGUACAACCUACGAGGUCUCAGCAGCAACACCACCAGCCAGACAACAGAUAAGAGCGUACCCUACACCACAACAUUGAAGGAAGAAGGCGCUGCCAAAAAGGGACCAACAAAACCUUUACCUCAGUCUGCUGAAGUAGUGGUCAUUGGUGGGGGCAGUCUAGGAUGUCAGACCACUUACCACUUGGCCAAAAUGGGUAUGAAGAAUGUCGUUCUGUUAGAGCGGGAUCGGCUUACCUCUGGGACAACAUGGCACACAGCAGGUCUCUUGUGGCAGCUUCGGCCCAGUGACGUUGAGGUGGAGCUGCUGGCGCACACACGUAAGGUAGUCAGCGAGGAUCUGGAGCAGGAGACUGGACUGCACACCGGGUGGAUCCAGAAUGGCGGUCUGUUCAUCGCCUCCAACAAGCAGAGGCUGGAUGAAUAUAAAAGGCUCAUGUCUCUGGGAAAGGUUUAUGGCGUGGAGUCAUACGUCUUGUCGCCAGCAGAGACUAAAGACUUGUACCCGCUCAUGAAUGUGGACGAUCUCUAUGGCACCUUGUAUGUUCCAAAAGAUGGGACCAUGGACCCCGCGGGUACCUGCACCACCCUGGCCAGAGCAUCGACCACCAGAGGCGCACAGGUCAUUGAAAAUUGCCCGGUGACUGGAAUUCAAGUGAAAACAGAUGACUUUGGUGUAAGAAGGGUUGUGGCCGUGGAGACGGAGUAUGGAACGGUGCAGACACCCUGUGUGGUGAAUUGUGCAGGAGUGUGGGCCAGAACUCUUGGACAGAUGGCUGGAGUGAACGUCCCCCUGGUUGCUAUGCACCAUGCCUACGUGGUGACAGAGAGGAUAGAAGGAAUACAGAACAUGCCAAAUGUGCGGGACCACGAUGCUUCGGUGUAUCUGCGUCUCCAAGGUGACGCUCUGUCCGUGGGCGGCUAUGAGUCAAAUCCGAUAUUCUGGGAAGAGGUCUCUGACAGUUUUUCCUUUGGCCUCUUUGAUCUGGACUGGGAUGUCUUCAUGCAGCACAUUCAGGGGGCUAUCAACAGGGUUCCUGCCUUGGAGAAGACUGGAAUUAAGUCUACGGUGUGCGGCCCAGAAUCCUUCACUGCUGACCACAAGCCUCUCCUAGGAGAGUCCCCCGAGGUGCGAGGCUUCUUCCUGGGCUGUGGGUUUAAUAGUGCAGGUAUGAUGCUGGGCGGUGGAUGCGGGAAGGAGCUGGCGCACUGGAUAAUUCAUGGCCGCCCAGAGAAGGAUAUGUACGGCUACGACAUCAGGAGAUUCCAUUACUCAUUGACCAAUCACAACCGCUGGAUGCGAGAACGCAGCCACGAGUCCUACGCUAAAAACUACUCUGUCGUUUUUCCGUAUGAUGAGCCUCUGGCUGGAAGGAAUAUGAGGAAAGAUUCUCUGUAUGAGGAGCUGCUUCAUCAGGGCUGUGUAUUCCAGGAGCGCCAUGGCUGGGAGAGGCCAGGAUGGUUUUAUAGAGAAGGGUUGGCUCCGGUUCAAGAUUAUGAUUAUUAUGGAGCAUAUGGUGUUCAGCGAAACAAGGAUUACACAUACAGCACACUUCUGGAGAAAGAGUAUACGUUUGACUUUCCCCCACACCAUGAUGUGAUCAGGAACGAGUGCCUUGUGUGUCGGAACGCCGCAGCUGUCUUCGACAUGUCCUACUUUGGAAAGUUCUACCUUGUUGGACCAGAUGCCAAGAAGGCGGCGAGUUGGCUCUUUACUGCAAAUGUUGACAAGCCCCCAGGUUCUACUGUAUACACCUGUAUGUUGAACAAGAAUGGUGGAACGGAAAGUGAUCUCACAGUGAGUAGGAUAACCCCUGGGAAGUCGCCCUCUGCCCUGGCACCUGACUUUGAAGGGGAUGGAUUCUACCUGGCAAUUGGAGGAGCAGUCGCUCAGCACAACUGGAGUCAUAUCACCACUGUCCUUCAAGAUAAGAAAUUUAACUGUAAACUUAUUGACUGUUCAGAGGACUUGGGGAUGAUCAGCAUACAAGGGCCUGCCAGUCGCUCGAUUCUGCAGGAAGUUCUGGAUGAAGAUUUGAGCAAUGAAACUUUUUCAUUCUCCACUCACAAAAUUGUAGCUGCAGCCGGAUUCAAGGUUCGUGCCAUUCGCCUGUCCUUCGUGGGAGAGAUGGGUUGGGAGCUGCAUAUGCCUAGAGAAGCCUGUGUACCCGUGUACCACGCAGUCAUGGCUGCCGGUGCAAAGCAUGGCACUGUGAAUGCUGGAUACAGAGCCAUCGAUUCCCUCAGCAUUGAGAAAGGCUACCGUCACUGGCAUGCGGACUUGCGCCCAGAUGACACACCCCUGGAAGCGGGGCUUGGAUUCACCUGCAAGCUGAAAUCUAGCACCCCAUUCUUAGGACGAGAUGUUUUGGAGGAACAAAAAUCUAAAGGCGUGACCAAGCGUCUAGUGGGCUUCACUAUUAAUGAGAAAGUCCCACUUUUUGGUCUGGAAGCAAUAUGGCGGAAUGGCAUUGCAGUAGGACACAUUCGGAGGGCCGACUUUGGUUUUGCCAUUGAUAAAACCAUUGCUUAUGGCUACAUCAGGAACCCUGAGGGGGGGCCGGUAACGCUGGAUUUUGUACGCAGCGGUGAGUACACCCUAGAGAGGAUGGGGGAGACCUAUGCUGCCAAAGCCCACCUGAAGUCUCCUUUUGACCCAGACAAUAACAGAGUCAAAGGCAUUUAUUGACACAGACCAUCCCGGUGUAUUGAAUUUAGUUUUGCUAGUUCUCAAAUGUAACAUAAUGACAGAACACAUUGUUUUAAAAUUACAGAGAUCUGCUAAAAUCACAAAAUGUUCCCCUCCUUUUUACAAUGGGAGAACAGCUAAUGUACAGUCAUGGGGCUUAUGUAAGAAAAGUGUGCUUACAAAAAAAUUCUUAUGGCCCACAGCACCCAGUCAGUACGCACUUAAUUUGCAUGUUACAUGCAGAAUUAUUUUCAAACUAUUUGCAGAAUGGCCCACAUUUCUUCCAUUGUAUUAAGCAGUGGAAGGGAAUGUUCCUGUAGGCAUAUGGUCGCUGAGUUGUUUUCCUUGUUCACGUUGAGAAGGAGUGGUGGACGCACAGAAGGAAAGAUUACAUUUUCUACAGAUGUACCCUGUGCUAAAAAGCUUUUGGUUCAAUGAAAUGAAUAGCGACAAAUAAGUGCCACUUUUCUGAAGUGAUUGCAAUGCUGAAUUGUUUAAGGAUCUGCAUUGUUCCUUUUGGAUUCUGAGAAUUGCUUUAUUAUCUUGAAAUGCAGAUUAUGAUGAGAGAAGUAUUUUGGAGCAGAGAACUUGCUAUAUACUAUGAAAUGGAUCAUAUUUAAAAUUUGGAAGUGAGCUGUACAAAAUCUGAAUUUACAACAGUACAAUUCUGCAAACGGUCUAUGUUUUCACAAAAUAUAAUUUUUCUUUUUUCACUUUGUGGAACAAAUAGGCUUUUUUUUAGUUUUGGACUGGGUAGGGAAAGAUUGGAGCCUCUGUUAUUUUUACUGUUGUCUUGUCCUUAUCAUGGUAUAAAUGAACAUAUUGGAAUGCAGAAUGAAAAUAAAGCUAUUCAUACCAACUUGUUA